UCAAAGAUGUUACUAAACUAGAAUUCAAAAAUGUGGGCCUAGUCUUUGUUCAGUUUGUUGUGCAAGUUUAUCAAUUUUUUAGUUGUUACUAUAAAUCAGGUAUUCUCUCGCGGAACUGUGACUAGUCUCUCGAGCCAUAUUUUUAUACGGAAAUGGACAACCGACAUGAGGUGAUAGUCGAAAAGGUAUGUAAAAUCUAUGAUAAACUCUCUAAGCUAGAAAACCUUAAUCCUUCAAACCAAGUCAAUGACCUAUUUACCCAACUUGUAACAACAUGCACCACACCAUGUCAUGAACUUGAUAUUACUAAAUUACCCCUAGAAAUCAAAGAAAAAAUAGCUAAACUAAUUACCCUUUGUGGAAAAGCUGAAGGACUACUUGAAAGUCAUUUCUCAACUCUCAUAGGAUCAAAUGAAAAACCAUUAAACCACAUAAAAAUUUUCCCUUACUACAAAAACUACCUCAAACUCACACAUUUAGAAUUCACUAUGCUCACCAAACACAUAACUCAAGUUCCUUCAAAACUUGCCUUUAUUGGUUCUGGUCCCUUGCCUCUAACCUCAAUCAUGUUAGCAAACUAUUACCUAACAAAAACAUGUUUCCAUAACUAUGACAUUGAUUCAUUAGCAAAUUCAAAAGCUUAUGAUUUAAUCUCAAAAGACAGUGACUUGUCAAAGAGAAUGUUUUUUCACACUAGUGAUAUUUUUGAUGUCAAAAAUGUUCUUAAAGAUUAUAAUGUUGUAUUUUUGGCUGCAUUGGUUGGUAUGGACAAAAAGGAGAAAGCAAAAGUGAUUAAUCACUUGGCUAAAUACAUGGCUCCUAAUGCUAUUCUUGUUCUUAGAAGUGCACAUGGAGCUAGAGCUUUUCUAUAUCCUAUUGUUGAUCCUUGUUUUGAUCUUAAAGGUUUUGAAGUUUUGUCAAUUUUUCAUCCAAUUGAUGAGGUUAUAAAUUCGGUUAUUGUUGCAAGAAAGUGUUUGGUGAAUCAACAAGGGAUUAAUUACUUGAAAAACAAGUGUUGUGAAGUAGAAGGUUUUAAUCCAUUGAACCAUGGGAAUGUUGUUGAUGAGUUGAGCAUUGAAGACCAGGCUUAAUUCUUUCUUAUGCUUAAUAUAAUAAUGCAUGUAAUUUGUUAUUGAGAGUAUGUAUUUUCCAGGAUUUUGAUAGCAUGUAGUCAGGAUUUCAUGGAUUCAUACCGUCAGCAUAUUGGUUGUCAUUAAAUUAAAAUGGAACGAUCUAGAUUUUGAGCUUAGUAUUUACAUUUAAAAAUAAAAGUUAAUUAAGCCAUUCAAUUAA